GACGCGCGAGGCAGCCAGUUUACCGUUGCAAGGCGCAUUGUGCGGAUGGACGCCAGUCACCCGCGCGUUGCCGGCCCUUAGAAGCACCGGCCUCCGCCACAGGACUAAUACACUUGUGUCACAUGUAUGGACUAUAGAUAGACAAAGUGCUCGUUUAUUAUUCAUGUGUGUUUUGUUUUUGGAUCAUCUCUAACACGCUUUCCCAUCCGUCAAACCAAUUUCUAUAUCAUGGAGUCACACCUCAUAGUUCAUCAGCCAGACGUCUGACUUAUCCACGCGCAGGCAGAAGCUUGGAGUGAAUGAUGGGAAAGAGGAACGCUCGGAUCAAGAUUGCACACUCUGUUGGUCCGCCUAUCGCUGUUAUAAUAGGCACAUCUGAGUAGCCCCAGACAUCCCAGUCGACUCAAGCAUCAUCAGUUACCGCCGCACUAGCGACUGCCAAUAAAGUACAAGUCAAAUCGGGUUAUAGCACGUGUAUUUACAUAGAUAUAUUAUUUUUAGUACAAACAACUGGACGAGGUGAUUAUUUAUGCGUAUAGGUUAGAUAUUAACUAAGUAAAAAUAGUCAUGACGGCCACUGCACCCGAAUUAUCAAAAUCAGAUUUCUUUGAUUUUGUCACAUCCAACGAGAUAACAGACGCCCAAUACAAACAACAAAUGCGAUCUGUUAACGUAUUCAUGGAAUCACCGGAUUCACGCUCUAAUCCUUUAUUAUCCGAGGAGCCCAAGGAACAGAAUAACAACAACCUGCUGAGUAUAACGUGUAAUCAGACCUCCAGUAAUGCUAUGACCACGGCAACCACGUCUAAUUCAUUACAAAGUUUCGACUCCAUAUGGAAUGUGGACAGAGAUCGUGAUCGUUUAGAAACAGCUAUGUUAGAGGAUUUGAACAAAUUUUACUGGAAUCAAGAUAAUGAGAUAAGUGGAACACACCCGUGCACAGAUACAGCCAUUUCCAAUAAACUUAUCAGUAAUAACACAGAUGGGCAGAUUUAUACCCUCACUGUACUGAAUCAAGAUAAUUGGGUGAAAGACGAGGACGUAUCUAUGUCUAGCCCGGCUGAUAUAGAACCAAAUUCUUCGCUCGAUCUUGAAUCUAUCUUGAAUAUGAAUGGGUUCCCCAACGACUUCAACCAAGACACGCUGACUGCAAACAUACUACCUAAAGUAGAAAGCUUCAGCUAUGAAGAGAAUUCAUCGGAAAACCGAAGUACAGAUUUGAACACAACAACACUUGUAAAAGUUGAGCCAUUCAGUUACGAUGAAACUGAAUUCCAAGGAGACAAGAAAGAUGAGACAAAUCGAAGUCCCAUACUUGGUACAUCGCUAUUAGAUGGACAAGUUGAAUUCAAUAAUAACAAUAAUGAUUGGAAGUUAACAGACCAAAAUACGGAAUCAAAUGAAUCAUUACUGAGAAGUGCAUUGCAGGGUAAAGCUUUCAUUCGUUAUAACACCUUACAAAAAAGUUUGACAAAACUUGACGCAGAGGCGGAAUUAAAAAGGGUUAUUAUUAAUAAUAAUAACAAGGCGGAUGUCCCGUCAAUGUAUCAGUGUGAUAACAAGGACACAGAUGCGGAGCUGCUAAUGUCAAUAGCACCACAGAAUGGCAAUGUAAAUAUUUCAAUAUUACUAGAAAAUCCAACUGCAAGUGUUGUUGCCAGUGGUGAAAAUUCAACGCCAACACAGAGCGUUGACGAUUUAUUAUUCUCCCAGCUUGACGUGACAUAUUCUGAUGACUAUGAGAAACUGAAGAGAAUAACAACGGAACUAGGAGAAUCGGUACAACCGUUCUGUACUGUGGAGCCUAUCGACCCAUCACGCAGUGUAUAUAAUAUUCACAAUGUGAAUGGUGAGCUGGUUACGAUGAUACCAGCUGGAGAGAUUCAACUAUCCCAACAUUUGCAGAUGAUGACGGCAUCCCCAACUGUGUCCAGUACGAAAUCAAUUGGGAAAAAACAUAAAAGGUUUCAGAAUAAGAACACUUCUCCAACUUCACAAGCACAAUCGGGGACAGCAGUACAAGCGGCGACAUCGACAUCAAAUGGCGUGAGAAAGGAGAGAUCCCUCCAUUACUGUUCAAUCUGCUCGAAAGGGUUCAAAGACAAAUACUCAGUAAACGUCCACGUCAGAACGCAUACAGGGGAAAAGCCAUUCACCUGUUCCUUAUGUGGCAAAAGCUUUCGGCAGAAGGCACACCUGGCCAAACAUUACCAGACACAUAUUGCGCAGAAGACAGCUGCAGCGAACGGGGCUAAGCCAACAAAGCAGAGAUAACCACCCAGUCCACAGUUUCAACUCGCAUAAUAGUCAAUAUUUUUCACAGUGAUAAUAAAUGUAUUAAAAUAAACGAAUCCUCGAAGGCUGAUCACAUGAAUUUGGAUAGGUGCUAAGUAGAUGUAAAGACAGUUUUUGCGAGUGUCAGUGAUAUGAAUAACAUUUAUGGCAUAUUUGUUAAUUUGUAUGUAAUUCCGACCGUUACCGAUAAUAUUUAGCUUUAGCUAGAUUAUUCUAGAUUAGUGUUCACUAAGCUAUUUUGUAUACUUUUUCAUAUUUAACAAUGAUUGACUCUAGGAAAUUUGUGAAAGCCAAGCGCGUAAACAGAACGAAAAAUCGUCUACGUAUUCAUAUUUAUCCAUGUUUGAAUAGAGGAAAAUUUUAGAAUUUCUUUCCAAACUGAACAAUUACGUAAGUAGUAACAAAGCAUUGAUGCUGCAAUAAAAGAUAGGGCUUUAAUUUUAACAGCGUUAUAUACAAAAAAUAAACAGUCGACUUUUGAUAAUUUGACAAUCGUUAAUUUGAAUCUCUAAAUAGUUAUUUUCGGCUCCCUUGAACACUCGAUAAAUUAACAAAACGCAAUUUUAAUUGUGCCUUGGUGAGUUGAAGGAAUAUUUUGUAUGACAACAUGCAAUAUAAUUUCAUCUCUAUAAUUCGCUCACACAGAUUACGAACUAUUGAAAUAAAUAUUUGUUAGUUGUAUUUAAUUGUUAUUAAACUUGUUAACUAAACGUCCGUCGUUACAAACUAAGUGUUUUUUAAGUCAGUUUUUUAAGCGCCAUAUGGAACCAGCUCCCACUAAAUUAUUCCAAACCAAUUUGACUAAGGUCCCUUCAAGUAGAGCAUAACAAUUCUUAAAAUCUAUGUAAGUCUAUUGGCAGUAUUACUCAACUUCAUAUGAGAUUCCUCCCAGUUUGCUAUAUAAAAAACUUAUUUAAAAUGUAUGUCUGGCCCCAUGAGAUUCAAAUUAUCGAGAGUCGAAUGUAGUCCAUUAAUAGAUGAUUAUAACAUCUACAUCUAGCUAAGUGCAAUUUCUCCUGCAAUGUUUGUGAGAACUUUCUAAAAAUAGUAAAAAAAUAGUCAAAUCGGUCUACUAUCUUUCACUCGAGCAUACACUGCAAUAUUGUAUCUUAUUUUAGCAACGUUUUUUCCUCAUAUAUAACGUAACUUUCCAAUUAUUGAACUAUUACAUUGGAAUUUUGUGGUGGCUUUUUAAAUUUCUCUUGAAAAUCUAAAAUUGCUAGGUUUCUCCCAUACACUACAUUAAUCGCUCCCUUUACAGGUGAGCCAUGAUUACUACAAAUCUGUAACAAUCGAUUCAAUCUUAAAAUAGAUCUCCUUUCCACUAAAUUGGACUUUCUUUGUUUAUAAAGCCGCGCCCUAAUACUCCGAACGAUACUCAAUAAAUAAUUGUAUAUUAAAAGUGAUAGAAGCAUUUUAUAGCUAUUUUUAUUUGUUCUUUAUAGUCAAAUGUCGCGCAACAUAUGAACUUUCCAUUGCAACUUUUAUUGUCAUUUGCAUACUUAAUAUUAGUAUAAAAAUAUUUAAUAGAAAACAAUUAAGUACGUCACCAUAACUUGUUUUAAGACAGUAUUAUAGUAUUCCAACUUUCUACUUUCGUUUAGAAUUCAAUAUGAGACCAUUAUUUGAAAUUAAUUAGAUUAAGUAUUAAUUAUAUCUUGCCAUUUUGGUGACUCAUUAGCACAUAACACUGCCCUAUGAUCUCUCUGUCCAACCAGAGACUAUAUUUGACACAACGAACUGUUGUCUAUACUCAUGUAGAAUAAGUUCUGAUUCAAGUUACUCGACAGAUUAUAUUAAAAUUUAUCGUUUACGGUAAAAGUGGUAAUUAAAUACUCAUAUAUUAAACUAAACGUGGAAAAUUAUGUGACAAACCACUUGAAUCUCAUUAGGUCUUAUUUGAAAUUAGCGAAUUUAUUAUAGUUAUGUAUAAGUUUUUCGAGAGAUUUACCAUAGAUAAUAAGAUUGGCUACUUAGUUUUACAACAUAAUUAUAAUGGUUGUUAAUAUAUUCUAUCGUAAUGGAUCUGAUUAUGAAAUUAUAAAUCCAACUAUUUAGUUUUGCAUUUGUUCCUGAGAUGAAUUUUAGAUUUUAUUAAAACUUUUAGACUAAGUUUUUACGUUUAAUGUUUGGUGGACGCGGAUGAAUUAAAAUUAUUUUUCGACAUUUGUAAAUAUAUUAUUUAUAAAAAUAUUGCUCAAAAAAUUACACUUCGUCCCUCAAACCGUCCUGUACAAUAUUAUUUAUUUAGAAUUAUUAAGAAUGGAAACGAAUGGAAUUUGAUUUAAUCAGAGCUGUGAUUAUUGUUUAUGGUAACUGUUCAUUGAUUGUUGAGAUAAUGUUGCAUAGUCUGUGGAAAGUCUUCAGAUGUGUAUCGGCUGCAAAUUAGACUUCUGCCGUUUAAAGGAAUACAAAACUAUUCACUAGCGUGUCGUAUUUCUCAAUUUAUAUUUGCAAGUAUUUUUUCUUUUAAUCGAUUAUAACGAAAGAAAAUUUAUCUCAGGUAUAGUAAUGUCGUUCUAAAACAAUUAACACUAGUCUCUGGGAGAUUUUUUUUAUUUGACAGCCAGUAUUUCAUACAUCCUUGACCGAUCUCCUUGGUGAUUUAAAGAACCAUAUUCCAUAUUCAAAAUCCAGGCACAGAAAAUUUAGACCCUGUUUACAGAAAAAAUAUAUUUACGAUUUCUAAACUAUCUUAAACAAUCUCAACAAUCAAUAACUGUAUGACAAUUUGUCUUCCAUCAUUAUUAAAAAUAUAACCUUAUUAGAUGUAAAAAGAUAUAAACGUAAAGGUUUGCCCCGUAAAUUUAAAGGCUUAAUUGUCUUGCUCAUGAGUACUUAAUACUGAAAUUAUAUAAAUCAAUCUUACCAUCGUUGAUGACAACUGCCAUCGUGCUGUUACAAGUCCUUUGAAUCGUGAAAACA